AUGUCCACCUCUUCGCCACCAAGGACGCCCGUCUCGUCAACGGCAUCCUCCUUCCUCUCCUUUUCGCCCGAAGCACCCGCAACUCCUCGUGAGGGGGUUGGACUAUCGCCAAGCGUCUACAGCUUCGACGAUGCCACGCCGAGGGCAUCGCGUACGCGCAUCCUCUCGAAUCUGUACGCCGACGUGCCGCCAGUCCCCCAUCUGAAGCUUCCCAGCAGCGCCCGAAGGUUCGGCAGCCGCAACCCCACGCCCGCAACUUCGUCCGACGAAGACCUCGUCGUUUUCGAGGGCUGCUUCGUCAAUCCCGCCGACCCAUUCACGCCUGCCCCUCGAUCCUCGUCUCUCGCGGCGGCAUGGGACGCGUGCAGCGUCGUCGACAGCCUUCAAGCCAUGGGCAUCGACGGAGACAACGAUGUCAGCUCAGCGUGGGAGGACGAGCUGUACUCGAGCCUGUCAAAAUCGAGCCCGCUCUCACCUUCGUUCCCCGUCGCCGCCCUUCAGUCGCCGUUCCUCGCCACUGGUCGUCUGCCUUCGCCGCGCAGUGCGCAACCGCCCAAGUCACCUCGCAAGACUCGCAGUCCGCACCAUCCCACUUCGCCCCGCCAUCAUCCCUUCAAGCGUUCGACCACCGAGACGACGAUUCGCGCGUCGCCUCGCAAGUCACCCCAGCGCUCUCCCCGUCGCACGCCUCAUUCGUCUGGCAGUCCCAGCAAGACGCGGCGCACUUCGCCCACUGACCUUCUCAGUCCGGCUUUCGCUCCCUCCUCCUCCUCCUCACCCGACUGUCCUGCGUUCAACAUCGACCCGACCUCACCCGUCUCCGUCCCGUCCCUUCGCUCGAAGCGCUCACUCGCCUUCCUGUCCCUCGGCUCGUCUGGCAAGUCUCGCCGCGAGAAAGCGCCACCUCUUCCUCGCACUUCUUCCGCCGCCCCGUUCCCGCGUUCGCCGCGCAAGUCGCCCAAGAAGAAGCCCGCCACGCCUCGUCGACGUCGCGAGCGGCACGGCGACAGGGCGAGUCCGCCUCGUUCGGCGAGGACGGCGGACGGUAUCGACCUCGACGAGCUGGACCGCUUCUUUGGCAUCACGCCCAAGCUUGCGAAGGCGAUGCGCGGAGGGUACGAGGAUAUUGUUAUGCAGGAGGGCUUGGCGAAGGCGGGAAGGAAUGGGAUGGAGGAAGUGGAGGACUUUCGCGGCUUGCUUGACGCCACGGACUUGAGCGACGACUGCACUGGCGCUACCGGCACGGGUCAGUCGGCCCGAAGCUCCCCUCGACGCCGUCCCCCUCGUCUCGACCUCUCCAACUCCUCGCCUCAUUCUCGCGCCUCGUCCUGGGCCUCUUCGCACCUCUCAGCCGACGACGAAGCCGCCUCGCCGCUCUUCGACGACGACGACGCCUCCGCUCUCGACGCCUACAUCCACCUCGCCUCGCCUGUCGUUCUCGCUCCGUUCAGCGCAGGUCGCACGGCUGCGCUCGCUCAGGCGAGGCUUUUGGCGAUGGAGGAUGUCUUCGGUGGAGGGGUGAAGGCGGAGGCGCACGAGCGCAAGGUGCUGAGGACGAAGAAGAGCGUUGGAAACAGGCUGCGCGACUUUCUCGGUGCUAGGGGAUGA